AAAAAAAAAAAAAAAAAAAGAAAAGAAAAGAAAAGAAAAGAAAAGAAGGCGAGAAAAGAACCAGAACUCUACGGAAACUCUACAAUCCUCUUAUUCUUUACGAACCCUAUCGUUACUUUAACCAUCAGCUUAUAUCAUUGGUCUUUGUCGCCUAACCUGACUACACUGAUCUAGAGUCAUCGACAGUCACCAUGGGUCAUAGACAUUCGCAUCGAGACCACCUGGGAAAGCGCAACCCUGACAGCGGCGAUGGAGGUAUCCAUGUGGUGUAUGUGACAAUGCCGGCCGAUUUCGAAGGCGAGGUUGGGGGGUAUCAGACAGACGGCCAAUCGACUACGACGCAACGACUGAUGGGCGUUGGACCGGCGGUUCAGGCUACGCGAACCUCGUCUUCAGAGCAGACGACGCAGAUGGAGGAGGCAAAGACGGAAACUACUCAGCAGGAGACGCAUAUGACCAACAAGCAGGCUACGAAGACAGAACAGACUGCUACCCAGACCUUGGCCACCGACACGGGCAAUGCGCAGACGCAGACGACUCUUUCAACUGCUAUUUCGGAGGGUACGAAGACGGCUGCUACGAACGUCAAUAACAACAACCAAAUCGCAGCUGCAACUGCUGGCUCUUCGUCUUCCGAGCAAUCAUCUGCUUCGCCAUCCACGUCUGCGGAACCUAACUCUAGCGCUAUUUCUGGUGGUGCAAAGGCAGGAAUCGCAAUUGGUGUUAUUGCCGCGGUUGGCUUGAUCGCAGGGUUGAUCUUCCUGUUCAUGCGCAAGAAGAAGAAGGCUGAGCAACAGCAGGAAGCUGAGGAUGAAAAGGUGUUUGGCAACCACGGUGCAUUCCCGCCAGUUUCCCCACGGACGCCAGAAUCAGAACAGCCCCGGACCCCAGCGGAACCUCCCCAACUGGAAGUCCGACCCAUCACUCAGUUUGCUCCAUUUGGUGGACACAGUGACGUUUUGACAGCUGUAACCGCCGCUGGUGCUGCCGCAGGGGCCAAUGCCGUUGCUUCGCGUGGUAACCAGCCGCCUCCUGACACGCCGCUUACGAGUACCACUACUGGGCCCAGAGACCCAUUUAGCGAUCCAGUGAACCCCUUCCAGAUCCGCAAUGAGCCCCCAUCUCCAGACGGUACAGCAAGUUUGCACAGUCUGUCCGUCAAAUCGAUUCCCGAAGCACCCGAAACUGUACCUGAUGCCACUGAAGCUCCUGGUCCUGCUGUUGCUACCGCUGCUGGAGGAGCUGUCGCCGCUACUGGUGUUGCUGCUGCCACUGAUAACAAGAGCGAAAAGGAAUUACCCGCUCCGCCAAUGGCUGAAAAUGCCGAAAGAUCAGCACCGCCCGCCCCAGACACUGCGUCCGCGAAUGCUGGUCGACCUCUCACCCCUCCUGAAGCCAAUCCUUCGUCCAAUGCGCCCACUGCGGCUCCUGUUGUCGCACCCGCUCCUGGUCCAUUGAAUGUCCAUCGUGUGCAAAUGGAUUUCGGUCCUUCGAUGGAUGAUGAAUUGGGACUCCGCGUUGGUCAACUUGUUCGAUUGCUUCAUGAAUAUGAUGAUGGCUGGGCUCUCUGUGUCCGACUCGACCGUUCUCAGCAGGGUGUGGCUCCUCGAUCCUGUCUCUCUGCUCAUCCGGUCAAGCCUCGUCCUCGUCCCCCUCCUGGUGGUCCUCCCGGUCCUCGCGGCCCUCCAGUUAUGGGUCCCAACGGCCGUGUCAUGCCUAGCCAGUCUCCCCGGUUCUAUCCUCAAGAUGGUCGACCAGGAUCGCCUGCGCGCCCCAUGUCGCCCGCUCGUUCGAUGUCCCCGGCACACCCUCCUCCUGCUGGACCUCCUCCACCACUCCCAUACCCGCAGCGCCCCAUGUCGCCAGGACAGUUUUCGGCUCCACGAUCGAUGCCGCAGAGGUCCAUGAGCCCGGGACCAUACGGACCCCCAGGCCUUCAGCGCCCCCAAAUGCCUGUCAACCAGCGACAGCGAAGCAAUAGUGCUAGCAAUGCGGUUGGACCAGGCCCACGAGCAGGCGCGGAGCCGAGUCCCCUGUCAGCCCCAUUGACCAGCUCUCCGUCGGGAACUCAGAAUGUCCUUUAAUGCGAGGAUCCACACAAGUCCAUUCCUGAAAAUCCACAACUACGUCCAUAAUGACAAUCGUUAUACCCGUUCGCUCAUUUCCAGCGAUUUAAUCUCUUUUUACUCCAUUUCUUUUCUGAUGGGACGAUUGAUGCUUAAUGCCGCUGGACGGAACGUGUCUUAUGGCCAUUCCAAGCGUGUGACGAGUGUUCGCUGCUGUCUUUCAUCUUUUUCACUUCUUAUAUUUUCUAUUUGUGAUGCUUUAUUUACUCUCGCUUGUAUGUUGCGCUCCAUGUUGAGGCGAACUUGUAGCUCUGUGAAUACCCAUGUAAGAUACUAUACAUGUUAAAGAGUGUCUUUUCCACUAUGUACGCUGUCUCUCAUAUUUGACUGUUCAGCUCCGAAUAAAGUUUAUUCACUAUGUCCC